UUUAACCAUGAAAGGACAUGCGUAGAUUAUUAGCAGUUAUAUCAAAUUAAACUACUGGGGCCAAGGCGUAACUUUCUAAAGAUUUCACGUUUUCUAUAUUGAUGGCACGACUAGCCAAGAAAACGAGUAAGCAUCAAUUCCUUCGAUCGCUGGGCAAUAAUUAACACUCAAUUAAAAUGCCUUAUGGAAUGAGUGCGGCCUGGCCACAUGGUACUAUUUUCAUAGAACUGAGUUAUAUUACUACUACAUAUGUACGGUUUUUGAUUUAUGAGCUAAGUUUUUCUUGUUAUUUCAGCACAGCCUCAAGUGAAUCCCUAAAGAUACAAAAGAAUGUCAAGAAAAUAGAUAAGAAAUUCUAAACAAUGGUUAGAAAAUCGUGUAGGAAACCGAUUUGAUCUGGAAAAUGGUGCAACGAAGUACUCCGUGAAAGUACAUUUAAUUGCGGAAAAAAAAAACACAUACGAGGGACGAUCAGGGUAUUUCUCGUAUUAACUUCUUUUGAUUGUACCAAAGUCCCAUAGUUUUUCCUAAUAUGGAUAGGCAAAGAUAUAAUCCCAAACUUCCAGAAAAGGAAUAGAUAACUAAUACAUGCGAAGAAGCCAGAUUAAACAGGAACUCUACCCACGUGUUAGUCGCAACACUAAAAUAUAACUAACAAGGGAAAUUCGUCUGUAGACAGAAAAGAUCUUGUUAUUAACAUUUAUUGUUAGGCACACGAGGGGGGGUAUUACAAAUGCUGCCAAGCUUGAUUGCCAAGACAGAAAAGCGUGCAGGGAUUUAUUGAUUAUAAUGCGAGUAAAAAUUUCAGAUAGAUCAAUAAAAUUU